GUGGUCUCCAGUUGAGGGUAGAAGCUGUACGACCUCCCACAGCCCCAGAAUGCCACUGCCAUUGGUCAGGGUCUAAUACCUCUGGCUCUGCAUUCUCAGUAACUCCAUCCCAUUUGAGAGAUUGGAAGCUAAAGACCUUUGCAGAUGUGAUGAUUCAAAUAUGCCUCACCAUUCAAACGACUAAAACUAUAUACUGGCAAAACAGCUAUGGUGUGAAAAGUGUUUUGAUUGUGUUCAUCCACAGAAAAGAAAGCAGAAUGCAGACCUUUGUAAAUAUUUUUCUGGGAUUUUUUAUCUUCGAGUCUGUUGGAGCUGCACCUAUCACUGAUACUGUAAUUUAUGAUGAUGAGUUCUAUGGCAUACCACUUGGAGAGAUGCCUCACUCAUUUGCCUAUGAUGAAAACGAGUCUGACCAAUUAGAGACAGAUAUUGGGACAGCACUACGUGCUAUAAUUCAAGAGAGUUAUUCUUCUGCACCAUUGACAGAAGAACCCGAGGAGGAAGCAUCAACGCCAAAAUUAAUUGAUGGGUCUUCAGCACAGGGGUCUGGGGUUCUUGGACUCCAAACUCAAGAUGGUCUUCCUACUUGCCUUUUGUGUACAUGCCUAGGGACCACAGUCUACUGUGAUGAUCAUGAGCUUCAUGCCAUUCCACCGUUGCCUAAGAAAACAACGCAUUUCUACUCACGCUACAACAGAAUCAGGAAGAUCAACAGAAAUGACUUUUCUAACUUAAAAAAAUUAAAAAGGAUUGAUUUGACUGGAAAUUUUAUAUCAGAGAUCCAUGAAGAUGCUUUCCAGAGGUUGCCCCAACUUGAGGAGCUGGUGCUCCGUGACAAUAAGAUAAGACAACUCCCUGAGUUACCAUCUACCUUAAAAUUCAUCGAUGUUAGUAAGAACAGGCUUGGUCGCAAAGGAAUACGUAAUGAGGCGUUUAAAGAUCUUCAUGAACUGCAGCAUCUUUACAUCACUGACAAUAACUUGGAUCACAUUCCCUUUCCACUCCCUGAAAGCCUCCAAGCUCUUCAUCUUCAGAACAACAACAUUCAAGAGAUGCAUGAAGACACUUUCUGCAAAAUGAAGGAUUUUACUUAUGUACGUAGGGCUCUUGAAGACAUCAGACUGGAUGGUAAUCCCAUCAAUUUGAGUAAAACACCUUAUGCAUACAUCUGUCUACCCCGAUUGCCAGUUGGUAACCUCAUCUAAUCUUUGACAGAAGCCAAUACUGUCAUACGCUUUAAGAAUCUUUAAGGACAAAUUAUUAACUCAGUGCUACACUAAGCAAGAUGCAUUUUUUUCAAUCUCAUUAAUUUGAGAAAUUUUUCCAUUAAUUAUUAAAUCAGUUACUGAGAUACAAUGAAUAAUGUGAAGUACUAUGACAACUCUAUUAUCUACCCAACUGUAAGUGCAUAACAGUAUCAAGAAAUAUAUUUUACUACAAAAACUCUACUGAAGGCAAUAAAAUGCAAAAUUUCAUGUUUAAUUAUUCAGAUCUACUGUAUGAAUUCUGAAGUUAAAUAAUUUUAUAUGUUAAAUCUAAUCAUAAUAUAGUAAAUAAUAAAAGUAAAAUGUGUACACAAUUGAAUAUUUAUCCCCUUUAUAUUUAAUUAAAUAUUUUUGUCAGAGACACAUCAAUUUUCCUACUUCUUUCCUUAAAGGUCCCUUCAUUUUAGAAAAGUACUAGCAAUGUCCCAAAACCCAUGUUUUCUUUAGCAAACAAUUUUUUCUUUAAAUCAGUAAUGAAAUAUAGAGCUUAAACUUGUAUCAGAUUACCCCCCAAAAGUACAUAAACUAUUAAUAACUUUGCAGUCAUAAUUGGUCUUUGUAAUGCUGAUGAGGCCCAAAGCUGUCUUCUGUAUCUAAUAAACUUGCCUGACGGAUUAUCUGGCUAAUAUAAAUCUCACGUAAAAUA